CGGCCCUGAGCUAACAUCUGCCAAUCUUCCUCCUUUUUGCUGAGGAAGACUGGCCCUGGGCUAACAUCCAUGCCCAUCUUCCUCCACUUUAUAUGGGACGCCGCCACAGCAUGGCUUGACAAGCGGUGCAUCGGUGCGCGCCUGGGAUCUGAACCGGCGAACCCCGGGCCUCCGCAGUGGAGCGUGCGCGCGUAACCGUUUGCGCUUAACCGUUAUGUGCCACCGGGCCAGCCCCUGUGGGUGCAGAUAUUGUCAGCUUCAUCCACCCGUUCUGAAGUCCCCCAUCAGCCAUUCAUGUCAGGGUUCUAGCAUCCCUUGUAAUCAUUGCCUAGGUCCAUCAUUUCAUUAGAGAUUGUGAAGGGUGAUUUUCUAAUUGCAUCAUUCCUUCUGUAAGAAUUAGCUAGAUUUUUUCUGACUUAUGUUUAUUUCUACUUUUUUAUGUGUAUCUUCCUGGGGAGUGUUGUGAAAGGAUACAUUCUUCAUCUUUACUUCACAGCGGAUGUUUCUGGACUGUCUUAGUGAUCCUCUGAUAGGUCCUCAGUUUUCUCAUCUGUAAACUGGGGAUAAUUAUCAUGCUUACCUCUUGGGGCUUUUGUGAGGACUAGAUGAGCUGCUACAUGUAGUGUAAAAAUGGUGCCUAGCACUAACUAGUGUUGGUAAAUGGUAGUUAUUAACGUAACUUUUUGGGUUUUGUGGGAACAUUUAACUCUUCAACUGUAAUGGAGAGGUGGAGAAGGGAGAGGUUCUUCCUAAGUUGACAUCAGCAGGAGCCUGGACUUGGUGAGCUGAAGGGAAGUGCUGUUUGACUACACCGACCUGUCUUUUUGAUGUGGAAAAGGCUGUCAUACAAGAAGCACUUGCAUAAGGGAGGUCUGCACAUACCACUGCACACUGUGAAGUGGAUGUUGACAGUUGCAGGAGUAAAAGCUGGAGCCCAUUCUGAAAUGGGGUUAGUACAAUGAAGGGAAGUGGGCCCCUGUGCAGUGAGUAGGUAGGAUGAGAUGGUAACUCCAGAUACAGAUUUUUACUACGUCAUAGCCCAUUGAGAUUUUUAUCUGAACAAAGGGCAUUCUUGCCUAGUUUGAUUUGCCUUGUUGUCAUUCCAUACACCCUCAGAGCUGUUUGAGAUUGCUGAUCAGUUUGGUGGGGAGGAAAUGCUCUCUUCCUUGGCCUUUUAAUCUGCCAUCUCGCUCUUUUUUGUUUUUUUUGAGGCAAAUUGGCCCUGAGCUAACGUCUGUUGCCAAUCCUCUUCUUUUUGCUUGAGGAAGAUUGUUGCUGAGCUAACUUCUGUGCCCAUCUUCCUCUAUUUUGUAUGUGGGUCACCACCACAGCAUGGCUUGGUGAGCAGUGUGUAGGUCUGCACCCAGGAUCCGAACCCGCAAACCCUGGGCUGCUGAAGCGGAGUGUGCGAACUUAACCUCUACGCCACCAGGCUGGCCCAUAAUCUGCCAUCUCUUAUUGCUUAAAACCACUAUUGAUGAUUGUGUGGGAUAUUGGAAAUUUAACACUGUUGUUCAGGUACUUAGUCAUUAAUAUUUGAUUCAUUUAUUUAACAAACAUUUGAGCACCUGCAGUGUGCAAGUCUGUUCUAGACACAGACCACAUCAGUGACAACACAGACAAAAAUCUCUGCCCUCGUGGAGUUGACAUUCUGGUGGUGAGGAGACAAACAUAAGUGAGUGUUACGGAAUAUUAGAAGGUGUUGAGUGCUAUGGAAAAAGAAUAAAGCAGGAAUAAGGAGGGACUGAGAUUGUUAGGGAAAUUACUUUUGAGCAAAGAUGUAAAUGAGAGGAGAGCAAGUCUUGUGAAAAUGUGAAAGUGCAGAGUGUACCCUGCACAGGGAACAGCCAGGUCAAGGCCCAGAGGUGUGUUUGGUACAUUGUGAGUAAAGGGAUGACUGCUGCGUUUAUUAAUACCCUUUAGUGGGCCAAGGGCCAAAGCUUGGAGACAGGUUAAGAUGCUUAGGGCAGUUAAAUUAACUGGAUGAGAUGGGAUGGUGAUUUGGACCAAGGUGCUAGCAGUUGAGAUGAUAAGUGGUCUGAUUCUGGAUAUAUUUUCAACGUAGAGCCAACAGGCUAAUGGAUUGAUUUUGUGUGGGUUGAGAGAGAAAGUGAGCAAGCAGUCAAGGAUGACUGAUAUUUUGAGGCUUGAGCAAUAGUGAGCAUGGAGUUGCCAUUCUCUGAGAUGAGGAAGACUGAGAGUAGUACAGGUUUAAGGGUAUGAGCCAAAUGAUUCGUACUCCCAGACAAAGGGAUAGGUGGUCACAAACACUUCAUUCAAUAAGAACAGUCAUCCAUAGAUUUUACUAUGGGAACUCUUAGAUCUAUAGAUCAUAUAUAGCCAGUUCUUUUACCCUAAUGUCUUAAAGAUGUGCAAGUUAGCAGGAGAAGGAAGAUUGGCUUGGAUAGAUUCAUAUAGCCCAUGGUAACAAAGUCAGGUGUAGAAGAGACUUGGAGACUUAGUUUUUUAUUCUCUGGUGGAAGGGCUAGUUAACACUGAGAAAGGGAAUGAAGGCAAAAGCGUUGGACUUGGAUGCUGAGAACCUGGGUGAGCCCUGGUCUUGUAGCUGACACUUGUCAAGUUUUUUCUGCUCUUUGUGUUUACACUUACCUAAGAAGCCUGUGCCUGGGACUUCUUUCUGUUUUGAAUCUCUUCAUUUUCUCCAUACAUAUAUCCAUUCGCGUAUGAUCAUACAUAAAUGCUUCCGUUGAAUUUUAUCUUAUGUGCUGUUUGUAUUCUUUUGUUAACAUUUGUUGUAUAUACAUCUCAAGUAUUUUCUCUGCAAGCGGAGAUUUUUAAACAUGAUGUUGAAUGAUCUCUUACUAGUUAAUAUUAUUCAUGUUUCUAUCAAUAAAGAAAUGUCCUUUUCAUUGAAGGUGGUAUUGCCUAGUGAUUAAGGGCAGAAGCUAUUUAGAUAGACAGAUGCGAGUGCAAAUCCUGACGUAAACACAAAUAACUGCUUCCUGGGGCAGGUUAUACUACCUCCUUGGUCUCAGUUUUCUCAUGUGUAAAAUGAUUAUAAUAAUUGCUCUUACUCACGAUUGUUAUGAGGAUUAAAGUAAUGCGCCCAACACUCUAGGCACAAGGUGUUAGGACUUAGGUCAGUAAGUGUCAGGUUUUAAUUUUUUCUCUCCAUUAUUUAUAACUCACUUAUCUUUGAUAACCAGUUUUUUGCAAGUGAGUAGUGCUGAGUCUCUUGAAUUCUUCCCAUUAAGAGUUAACACAGGGCCGGCCCCGUGGCUUAGCGGUUAAGUGCGCACACUCCGCUGCUGGCGGCCCAGGUUCGGAUCCCGGGCGCGCACUGACGCACCGCUUCUCUGGCCAUGCUGAGGCCGUGUCCCACAUACAGCAACUAGAAGGAUGUGCAACUAUGACAUACAACUAUCUACUGGGGCUUUGGGGGAAAAAUAAAUAAAUAAAAUUAUGAAAAAAAAAAGUUAACACAAAAGUUUAGUCAUUGGGCUUACAUGAUAUGGUAUCAUAGGCACUGCUGCACUGUCAUGUCAUAUUUUCAUUUCUCUAACAAUAAUAGAUUAUUGGAGUUUGCUCCAUAUACAUGAUUUAGUGUCAUCCACGUAAAAGUUGAAACCAGUGGUAGUUUCAAAGUUGGCCCCAUACCAGAAAGGUCUUCAUUAUGAGAUGACUUUUUUUCUUUUUUUUAAAGAAAAAACAUCGUGAGCCAAACUUCUAUAUUGAUAGAAGCAACUUAAAAAUGAGUAUAUCUUGGGGGAUGUGUAUAUGUGCAUGAAAUGAUAAAUCUGGUGGUUUAUGAACUUUUCUAGGUGAAUAAGGUUUUGUUUGAAGAAGUGGUUUAUUUACAGGGGAAUCCAUCCCUCCUAACCCUCCCUCCCACAAUAUGUGAGGUUGCUAAAAGAGCUGUUUUGUUUGGCGGAGGGUUGCUGGAGGGGGCUUAAGUCCCUCCCCCCACCGCCAGUGGUACAAAGGGACUAGAAAUCCUCAGAGUACAGUUUGAAUGUCAUUUGAGUUCAAUUAGUUUCAUACAUUUCUUAGGUUUUUGAAUAGCCGAGGUUGUAGAUAUAAUAGAAUUGUUUUGUCAGAUAUAAAGGUAAACUCCUUAAAUGUUUUAGGGACUGUUACAUCAUACAAUUACGUGUAGUGUUGUCUUCAGCUCCACUUAUAAUUUAAAAUUGGCUGGAAUUCAUAUUAGUUGUUAGGAACAUGUUUUGCUUUGAAGUGUCACUAAUAAACCACUGCCGUAUCCAUGCUCUACAAUUUUGAAGUAAGGGAGGGUUGAGGAAGGUCAUGUAGGAGUACGUAUGUCCUCUGUACCAGUCAUUAUUAAUCUAUUCCACUAGUGGAAUUUGCUUUACUGGACCUUGAAUCAAGAUGACAGAAGUGAAAACAUCUGUGAAAAGUCUGUAAGUAGAAUUUUAUAUAAAUUUAUUUUUUUGUAUUUGAAUGAAGUGAUAUAAAUAGGAGCUAAUAGUUGAUGAGGUCGUUGGGAGCCUCUCUAAAAUAUUUGUGAGAGAACUGCAUGUUUAAUGCAUUGUUUUAUCUGUAAUGAGGAUCCUAAUAUCCCUGGCAUAUAGACAGUUGAGUUUGAAAGGAGCCGAUGUCAUCACUCCCAGUCUAGAUGAGUUGUAGAAGGUGAAGGGACAUUUCUUGAGCACCUGCCUGUUGCCCUGGGCAAUAUUACGUGCUUUCUGUAUGUUACUUAUUCCUUCUUAAAUCGUUAGGAUUUAGGUGGUGGUUUCAUUUUACAAAUGAGACAGUUGAGGCUCGUAGAGAUUAUUUGCCUGAAAUCCUGCAGUUAGGAGGGACAGAGCGUGGGCCCCAGCCCUUCAAAGCUUGUCUGCUUUCAUGACCACGCCACCUACUCAUGUAAGUUUCCACAGGUGUCUGUGUGUUCUGUAUCCCUUAAAAUACUGGUAAAGUGAAUAUUUUUCAUUGGAUUAGAAUAUGAGCAAUACUUGGCAGGCCUACUGUUGACAGUGCUAGGCUGGGCCUGUUCAGAUUGUCCUUUGAGUGUGUGGUUUUUAAAUGACUCCAAAGCUAAAAUAUUGUUGUUAGGUCACUUUUAAGGCCACUGUCUUCUACCCUUUGUUUAGCCCGCGUGCCUCAUUGAAUUUAUUAUGAUUUGGAGCCCUGAUGGCUUUAGGGAUUGUUUUUCUUGUUCUCUGUUUGGUUUUUGUGACAGGUAACUUUCUUUUUAGAUAAAGUGACCAUAUGUCCUGGGUUUUACAGAUUGUCCCAGAGUAAUUUCCUAGUUUGAAAGAUAAAUUGUAUGGUCGUCCUAGGUAUUAGAAGAAAGAUGUUGGAUUUGGUCACUAUAUCUAAUUAUAUUUUGGUUAUAUUACCUGAAGGAGUUCAAUAGCUGAUUUAAAUUUGGUCUUUACUAGUUCAAAUGCAGCAAAUAUUUAUGUGUUCUUCUCUAUUUGGAUUAAUUCUUCAGUUGUAAUUUAAUUCAUCCAAGUACGUGAAACAGUACCAAAAUUGUAUUCUAAUUUUGUGGAAAACUGUAGAAAACAUUACUUUCUGAGAAGAAAGCCCCCUUUUUUGGGGGGACUCUGCUCUGUUUCAGAAAAUCCUUGUUGUUUGAGAUUCGGUGAAAUCUAUUUUGCCUAUUGCCACUAGGGGACCAUUUCUUUAUACAUUCUACAAAUAUUACUCUCAUUAUAGAAGUAAUUGUUUUCUUAAAACUGUACUACUAAGGAACCAACUCCCAUAUUUAUUAUAUCUACUUUAUUACUUGUCCCAUGUUUCUCACUUGAGAUUUCCUUGAAUUGUGAACCAACUUAGUCCUAGAAAUACAAAAAGACAAAUUAAAAAGCUUUAUUUUAGCUGAAGAAAAAAUUUUUCCAUGUAUAUUCUUUCUAAAAAUAAAGGAACUCUGGAUAGUAUUCAUUGUAUUUUUGUUGUAGAAAUGUUUACUUCUUUAAAAGAAAGAGAAAAAAAUAUGUAAAACUUAUAUUGUAUAUUUUAUUUGGAAUCAUUUUUAAGGACUGCACAAUCUAUCUCCUAAAAGACUUGACAUUCAAGGCUGUGACUAUCAUGACUAGAAUGUGAAAUUUAGCUGCAUUGUAUUAUAGUAUUUUAUAUUUUUCUACAAACUAAAUUGACCUAUUUUUGGUUUUUUGUUUUGUUUUUCCUUUCUCAGUCUUUGCCAGGUGCUGGUCUCUGGAUGUUUUUUGUUUAAAUUGGAAAAAUCUUAAACCUGCCCACAGACUGGUAUGGUAUCCAGUGAGAUGGGGACUGUCGGCCAUGGCUUUUGAAGCAUCUGAGGAGGCAUAGGCGGAAAGAGUUGAGAACUCAGCCUUGAGCUCGAGUUUGUCCACUCCCUGCUUCCUCUCCCAUAGGCAGAACGUCUUUUCUCUCUAGCUUACCUGCUAUUCUAGAGAUUGAGAGCUACAAUUAUAAUUAACUUCGAAGAUUCAGAAUUUGUCUCUUUUCCAGGAGAAAAACCAUCAAAUUCAUAAACUCGAUUUUAGGGUUGGUACAGUAGGCUUCACUAGACUUAGCUGCAACUCAGAAUUUCUCCUCCAGCACCUGAGUAAAUGCUGAUGGUCUUGUGGAGAGUGGAUUAAGAGUACGAGCUAAGUUCUCAAUCCCAAUUAAGAAGCGGAGGAAAAUUUAAACUGUCUCCUUCAAAGUUUAUCACAACCACCACCAUCAAGACAGCAAACCAAAGGACAAAGACUUUGACCUGCUUUGUUGCUCUGUGUAGUCCAGUUCACGUAUGGUUUACAGACUUGGCUGGGGUUACUAAUGAGUAAAUAAAAAAUCGGACACUUCUGUCAUUGGACACUUUUAUUCACAAAGUUACCAAAAUGAGGGCUGUACUGGAGACAGCAGACAUUGCCAUAGUGGCCCUGUAUUUUAUCCUGGUCAUGUGCAUUGGUUUUUUUGCCAUGUGGAAAUCUAACAGAAGCACCGUGAGUGGAUACUUCCUGGCGGGGCGCUCUAUGACCUGGGUAGCGAUUGGUGCCUCUCUGUUUGUGAGCAAUAUUGGGAGUGAGCACUUCAUUGGGCUGGCAGGAUCUGGAGCUGCAAGUGGAUUUGCAGUGGGCGCGUGGGAAUUCAAUGCCUUACUGCUUUUGCAACUUCUGGGAUGGGUUUUCAUCCCGAUUUACAUCCGGUCAGGGGUAUACACCAUGCCUGAAUACUUGUCCAAGCGAUUUGGUGGCCAUAGGAUUCAGGUCUAUUUCGCAGCCUUGUCUCUGAUUCUCUAUAUCUUCACCAAGCUCUCAGUGGAUCUGUAUUCGGGUGCCCUCUUUAUCCAGGAGUCUUUGGGUUGGAACCUUUAUGUGUCUGUUAUCCUGCUCAUUGGCAUGACUGCUUUACUGACUGUCACCGGAGGCCUUGUUGCAGUGAUCUACACAGACACUCUACAAGCUCUGCUCAUGAUCGUUGGGGCACUCACGCUUAUGAUUAUUAGCAUGAUGGAGAUUGGCGGGUUUGAGGAAGUUAAGAGAAGGUACAUGUUGGCCUCACCCAAUGUCACUUCCAUCUUGUUGACAUACAACCUUUCCAACACAAAUUCAUGUAAUGUCCACCCUAAGAAAGAUGCACUGAAAAUGUUGCGGAAUCCAACAGAUGAAGAUGUUCCGUGGCCUGGAUUUGUUCUUGGGCAGACCCCAGCUUCAGUAUGGUACUGGUGUGCUGACCAAGUCAUCGUGCAGAGGGUCCUAGCGGCUAAAAACAUUGCUCAUGCCAAAGGCUCUACUCUUAUGGCUGGCUUCCUAAAGCUUCUGCCAAUGUUUAUUAUAGUUGUCCCAGGAAUGAUUUCCAGGAUACUGUUUGCUGAUGAUAUAGCUUGCAUCAACCCAGAGCACUGCAUGCAAGUGUGUGGAAGCAGAGCUGGGUGCUCUAAUAUUGCUUACCCACGCCUGGUGAUGAAGCUGGUUCCCGUGGGCCUCCGGGGCUUAAUGAUGGCAGUGAUGAUUGCAGCUCUGAUGAGUGACUUGGACUCUAUCUUUAACAGUGCCAGUACCAUAUUCACCCUUGAUGUAUACAAACUCAUCCGCAAGAGUGCAAGCUCCCGGGAACUCAUGAUCGUGGGGAGGAUAUUUGUGGCUUUUAUGGUGGUGAUCAGCAUUGCGUGGGUGCCAAUCAUCGUGGAGAUGCAAGGAGGCCAGAUGUACCUUUACAUUCAGGAGGUAGCAGAUUACCUGACACCCCCGGUUGCAGCCCUGUUCCUCCUGUCAAUUUUCUGGAAGCGCUGCAAUGAACAAGGGGCUUUCUAUGGUGGAAUGGCUGGCUUUGUUCUUGGAGCAGUCCGUUUGAUACUGGCCUUUGCCUACCGUGCCCCAGAAUGUGACCAACCUGACAACAGGCCAGGCUUCAUCAAAGACAUCCAUUACAUGUAUGUGGCCACAGCAUUGUUUUGGGUCACAGGACUCAUUACUGUCAUUGUUAGCCUUCUCACACCACCUCCCACGAAGGAACAGAUUCGUACCACCACCUUUUGGUCUAAGAAGAGCCUGGUAGUGAAGGAGAGCUGCUCCCCAAAAGACGAACCGUACAAGAUGCAAGAAAAGAGCAUUCUGAGAUGCAAUGAGAAUAGUGAGUCCAUCAACCGCAUCAUUCCCAAUGGGAAAUCUGAAGAUAGCAUUAAAGGUCUUCAGCCGGAAGAUGUUAAUCUGUUGGUGACCUGCAGAGAGGAGGGCAACCCAGUGGCUUCCUUAGGUCAUUCAGAGGCAGAAACACCAGUAGAUGCUUAUUCCAAUGGGCAAGCAGCUCUCAUGGGUGAGAAAGAGAGAAAGAAAGAAACAGAGGAUGGAAACCGGUACUGGAAGUUCAUAGAUUGGUUCUGUGGCUUUAAAAGUAAGAGCCUCAGCAAGAGGAGUCUCAGAGACCUGAUGGAGGAGGAGGCUGUUUGUUUACAAAUGUUGGAAGAGCCUCCACAAGUUAAACUAAUACUAAAUAUUGGACUUUUUGCUGUGUGUUCACUUGGAAUUUUCAUGUUUGUUUAUUUCUCCUUAUGAACUUUAAAGGAUAUGAUGAGACGUUAACUUAAGAAAAUACUGGUCUUUGGAAAAAAAACUUAUGUAACUUGCAUCUCUCAGGCAUUGUUUACGCUGUAGGUUUUAGCCAAAUUUUACUUACCAGAAAAUCAUCUAUUUGCAAGACUUUAUUUUCCCAGAGAUGGAUGAAAGUAAAUUUUCAACCUAAAUGCAGUAAAACUUGUUUAACAGACUGAAUUGUGCAAAUGUGGUUUAAAAUUUUCCAUACCAAAGUAAGGAGAGACCAAUUAUUCUCAUAGAACACUUAGAGCAGAAUAUAUGCUAAGAUACUACAAAUAAGGUAUACUGUCUGCACUGCCAAAUCUUGGUAGACCUUAACCUGAAGUAGAAGACUUGCUCAUUUUAAAGUUUUCUCUCUGUCUCUGUAAUCCCUACCACCAUUAAAAAAUGAAUUUGUGCACAUUGUGUAAUUAGUUAUGUGCUGAAAAUUGAACUAAUGUGCUUGUGGGGUACUUGUUUCAGGACAAGUUCGUUAGUUUACCCGGUUAGUUUCAUUAGCAUGAGCCUUUGGAUUCUGAUUACCAAAAGAAAGGAAGAAGAAUGUUUUCCUGUAGCUGUUCUUGAACCACCAAUAUAUGGAAUGUUGAGAAAAAGUUUGUUCCAAUUCUUUUUCUUUUCUUUUUUCCUACUUUGACUGAAGUUUAAGUGAACCAUACUCAAAUGACCACCAAGUCUGUCUUUAUAAAGUUAUAUGUCAUGAUUGUAUUGUUAAAUUGAUUAUGGGGGAGAAAGUGAAGUAAACAUUGCUGAAGAUCCCCGAAUUUAUUGACCAAAUUAAGCUUGUUUAUAUAGUUUGGGAAUUAGCAGCCCCCAGGCAGUGUUCAGUCAACUUAAGCUAAACAGGUGAUUACUCAUAUUCCACUAAUUCUCUAGCUUUGUUCUUGUCAUUUGGUAACAUUCUUUAUUAGCCAGAUGAUAUGUCCAGAAAUUUGAAGAAAAAUUGACACUGCCUUUGUGUUGGGUUGCCUUCCUUGAUUAGAUCGUGAUAUUUUGAGGUUGAGUUUUUAGACGGAAAAUUUAAUUCUGAAAUGAUACUGUAUCCUUGAUAAGUUUUUUUUCCUGAUUUACUUUUUUUCAAAAGACUUGCCGUCUGUACAUGGCCCCUACAUUUUUGUUUAAAAAGUUACAGUGAUUUAGAGCAUGAGGAUGUUUCAAUGUAAACUGGCCAUCAGUAGCAGAAAACUCAAGAGUGCAUGCUUUGCCAUUGGUAGAUUGUCAGUAUAGUCUGUCUGUAGAAUUGAUAGCAUGUUCAAGAGGUGCCAUGAAUAAGAGCUUCUGGGUUUAGUAGUGUGUCUUGUGGAGGAUAUUACAGGACUUGUGUAAUUGUAGGACCUUCUUCUGUUUUGACAUGGCUUGGUACCCAGUUGCAACCUUUAUGGAUGGGAAUCAUUUUUCACAGGCUGUGAUUCCCGUCUGUGAGGACAUGGUACAAAAGAUGGUAGAGAAAAGCUCUUACAGAUUAUGUAGUUCUGUGUCUGUGUGUGCUCAGCACUGUCCUUUUUCCUCCAUGACAGAUGAAGGAAACUAAUUGUGUAUCUACUUUCUUUGACUUUUCUGUAAUCUCUGAUACUUUUUAAAUUGCAUGAUUUUAUUAAGCUUGUAUUCUUUAGGGAAAAUUAUUACUUUUUUAGAUACUUUUAUAGAUUUUGAAUCAAAACUCAGUCCUAAUGACUUUAAAUUUUUUGUAUUCUAUAAACUAGUUUCAUUAUGAUGGACUUGAUUAGUCCAAAGUUGAUUUUAGAAAUUAUCAGGUAGCAUAAUGUCUUCCCGUCUCCAGGGGGCUUUCUGACUGACUGAGUCUAUAGAUCAAAAAAUAAUUCAUGUAUGAAUAGCAUGAUUUCUGAGAGCUUAGAGUGCCUUGUAGAAUUUUUUUCUCAAUUUCAUUCUUAAGGUUUAUAAGCAGGGGCCAAAUAAGUAGGGACCAUCCUUUUCUUAUAUGGAGGCUGAGACUGUGACAUGUCCAAGGUUACAGUCUGUUGGGAAGAACAGAAAACUGGGUGUCUAAAUCUGGACUCAUGGUUUGUCGUCAUCUUUUUUCAAAGGAACUGUUGUUCUUUGAGACAACCAUUUGGAAUUUGGGGAAAUAAUAGGAUCUCAGAUUUUUCAAAUUGGCAUUAAGUUGGAUGAAUUAAAAUUUUCUUUGAUUCUGAACACAUUGCUGUGUAACUCAGCAGUGAGGAUUGACAUAUUGGCUGGGCAGCCUUCUUAAUCCUUCUAUUUACAGCAUCAAUGAAUAGGUGGUGUUUAUGUGGAUUUUUUCCCUCUUUAUUUAAUGUUGAGUCCUAACAGUUUAGGAGUAUUAGGGUCCCCCUACCUUCUCUCUGCUGUUGUCUUAGUACAGUACAUAAAAUACAUCAUCUUGUGUCUGUCUGUGUGUACAUAGCAGUAGGUCAAGUUUAGAGUACUAAUGUCUGUAAAUAAGGAAUGACUUUAGCAUAUCCAUUAGGAUUGUUUAUUCUUGCCAGUAUAAACAUCACUUUAUUUAGACUGAAGUCCCUGAAGCUUGCCCUUCUUAUUGCUUCCCAGUAAUAGAUAAUGUGCUUGAAUAAGUGUGUGAGUUGCUGAUUGCAGCUUCAUUUCAGCGGACCAUUCUUCAGUCUAUAUUUCAUUAAAAUGACUAUUCAUGGAAUGAUACAUGGUCUGUCUUAAGCUAGCAAAAUGUUCGUACUUUACACUAACUAAAUGGGUCCUAAAUGAUGACACUGAUCUCUAGACAUUAACAUGUAUAUAUUUUUAUAUUGCGUCAGGCUAAGGUUCAGAAUUGACUGAGUGAUAUUGACUAAAAUAGUUAGCUAAGAGUCAGAAUGAAGUGAGGAUACGAGUCUUCAAAGGUGGAGAAAAAUACUGUCUUAUCUGCUGUUAAUGGUAUCCCCAGUUCUUAAAUUUUUGUCCUCUUGGGCAAUCUUAGUGUCAAGAUCUGAUGAGAAGAGCUUAUUACUGUGGUAUGCAGAAUGAUUAUUGGCUCCUUUGUGGGACCCUAAUUUGUUCUUCCACCCCAAGAUAGUAAGCGGCUUUUGAAACAGCUAAGCCAGUCUUUUUCCCCAGCCAUUCUUUCCUGGUGAGGUUAUCACUCUUAUCUUUAGGUUCGAGAAGCAUCAAGCAGUAGCAUGGUGCUGUGUCCUUUGGCCUCAAUUCAGCAGAUCUGAUCUCUCAAGGCUUCCUUUUCACUUGGCUCAAAGGAUCCAUUGUCUUUUUGCACAAAGAGGCUGGCCAGGGUCACAUAGCCAUAGCUUUUAGGGAUGGCACCUCGAGUAGUUAGCAGGGACCCAUUGCUCUGUGAAACUCCACAUUUUAAGAAUUCAGUGGAAGGUUGUUACUCAGUUCUCUAACCUGAGGCUAAGCGCCAGUGGGGGGUGCUGAAAAAUCUUGUCAGAGUGAUUAAAGUCUUUUAAGUGUCUACAUUUCUCAAUCCAUUGCUUUCUUUCCUAUACUGGGUGCGUGGAUCUUCCCCUUUCUUUGAAUAUCAUUUAAUGUAGCCUAUGGGUUAUUCUCAUUCUUUACUGUCCUGUAUAGACUGGCCAUAUUAGCUGUUAAAAGGUUAGACCCAUCAGUGUUCCCACUGAGCAGUAUUUGGCUUACUUGCUCUCCUUAUACUUUACUUCCCUGUGUCAUUUUCGUCUGAUGUAUGAUGGCUGGAAAGGACCACAUGGAUAUCUCGUAGUGACACCUCACUAUUCUCCAGGUUUGAGUUGAGAGAUGUAUAAAGACCAUUCUUAUUAAAUUAUGUGACUGCAGAGACUUGCCAGGACAAAAUUUUCCUAAGAAGUUAGAAAAACUAUUAAGUGAAAUGCUGAGGAGUACCUGGGUGAUACAGACUUAACAAGUUGGUAAAGGACAAACAUUAGCUUAAGAUGUGCAGACAUAGAGUCAUAGUCAUUGAAUUCUAGGACUGGAAGCAUCUUGGCUGUCAGCUAGUUUUAAGUCCCUCCCCAUAUAGAUUAGGGUACCAGUGAAUAAGAUCCAGCCUGUUCAACCCUGGUUUGAUGUUAAUUAUUAUAAAAUAUGAGUUUAUUAACAUAUUUGAAGUUAAAAUGACUGAUAUUUGAUAGUGAUACUUUAGUAGAAAAAAAUGCUUUCAGGUUUCAGUAUUCAUAAGAUUUCUCAUUAGCCAGGUGUUAAAUUGCUUAAGUCAUUUCAAUGUUGACAUUAGCCUGAGCAGACUUCACAAAUGGGCUAUAUUCCUAUUUGUGUGUAUACCCACUUACCAUUCAGAGAGACUGGUCUCUCCCUUUGUCUUUCCUCUCGUUGCUUUAAUUCUUCACCAGUUCUUUCUUUCAUUACUUAUCAAAUUCCUAUUUUGAUCUUCUGUCAGCUUAAUUCACUUUCAGGCUUAUUGCCACGGUGGCAAAAGUGCUGCUUUGCUCCACCUUUGAAGACUUGGAUCCACACAAUUAAAUGUAGUUGUCUGUAGCGUAAGUCUAUUAGCUUAAACUAUUAAUUCUCAAGAAUAAUUUUCUCAGACUUUGUGUUCACUAAUAAUAAUCAGUAUUUUCUCAAAAUUUCUUUUGCAAAAAGUAGGGAGGCAGCAAUAAUUAAAAUUCAUACAAGCCCCUUUGAAAUGAUGAUAUCACAAUAUAGAGAGGAAUGGAGUUUUGUUUUGAUGCCAGAAAGCCCUGUUCUUGUAGUAGUUAAAGGUAAAAAGUUGGAACUAAUCAGUUGGCAUAUAGAGAAACCCUUUUGUAUUAGUUAGGUGUGAAGCUGGGUUACGUAAGAAGUAAUCUUUUGAUUACUACACUUGUUUAGACUUGGUUGACUUAACUCAGGGCUGCAAACCCUCUUUUCUCCAUUAAGGUCACUACUCUUAAUUUGGUGUGCUCUUUGUCAAACUCUCCUGUCUGUUGAAAGACUAGGUAUUCAGCUGCUUUGACUCCUAGGACAGAAUUUAGCUAAGGUUCAAAAUAAUUAAUAGGCUUUGUCAGCACUGAGUCCCACACCAUUAUUCACAGUCAUAUAAUUUUUUUUUUUUUUAACUUCUCUCUCCAGUGCUGAGAAUAAGGCUUUAAACUACUGAUUCACCUUUAAAGGAAUGUUGUGAGAAUUGAUGUAAUUUAUGUUGCUGUUUCCAUCUCAAAUCCUUUAUAACAGAUAGGAUUUAGUUUUAGUUAAGCACCCAGUUUAUCUGGUAACAGCCUUAACCAUUGGCAUAUAUUCUUCUACUCAGAAAUAAACAAAAAGUUUGAUGUUUCUGUAUCGUUAAUAAUUUCAUAUACUUUAGUUUUUAGGAGAGGACCAUAAUAUGAGGCUGUUGACUUACACCAGUAACUUUACUUUAUGUAACAACUUUUAAGUUUGAUUUGGUUACCUGGAUCCAUAGCAUGUUUGACGAGAGGAAUGCUAGAAUAAGUAAGCAACUGAAGAGCAAGUCAAGACAGAGCACAGUGGUCUCAGAUUCUUCUCAGUGAGGAGCAAUGGCUUUGUUCUCAGCUCAGAAAAGCACUAUAUGGUAAUUGUUGUCUAUGAUAAUGAAGCCCCCCCCACCCCCAGGUCAAGACUGUAAACUGCAGAGAACUCUAUCAGUAAGGA